CGACUCAUCAACAAUCUUCUUUAUGGGCUACAUAUAUCACUCACCUCAAAUAAAAUGGCUUGUAGUUCGGCAUGCCCUCAAUGGACUAACACGCGACCAAAUCGAAGAAGAAAUUGGCAUUGAUGUUUCUAGCGACUCAAUUCGGCGCUGGGUUUCUCUUUUUCACACCACUGGAGCAGUCAUAUCUGAUCCAGCAUUCAAUCUCACUCCUGGCUGCGAUACAAAGCUUACAGAAGCUGGCCGCUGUUGUGCAAUCCAAUUAUUAGAGGUCGAUCCAACAUUAAUUCUUGAUGAGAUUGCUCGAGGCAUCAAACAACAAACCGGUAUUGAAAUCUCAAAGUCAGUGCUUGCAAUCGACCUCCGUGAUCGGCUUGACUUGACUCGCAAAGUUGCUUGCACUGUCCAUCCAAAUCGAUCAGAUGAGAUUCAUGCUCAGUUCAUUUACAAUAUGGGCAAAAUCUCAGCUGAGUGCUUAAUUUUUACUGGUAAGCCAAUCUCUUCUUUAUUUUGCCUUGGUAGGUUCAUGUACAAGAAUUUCUAAUUGUCUUGAUUGAGUUGUAGAUGAGAGCUCGAUCAGCAAGAGACGAUUGUAUCGCCAAGAUGCAAGAGCACCUCGUGGUGAACGCACAGCUCGGCUCCCAAGACAGACUGCAUCAAGACAAUACAGCCUACUUCCAGCGAUCUCGCUUGGUGGCUUGGUUGGUUUGAAAGUGAAAGAAGGAUCGAUCAAGAGGGGUGAUUUUGAAUCUUUCCUCUCUGAUCAUGUGGUAAGUACCAAUUCAAUAUCAUCAUAAUAAUAUUGUGGUUUGGUUUGAUUGAUGCUGAUCAUCUCUUGUGUCUUUUGCACUAGCUUCCAAUGACAAACCCCUUUCCUGGACCAAACUCGGUGAUUGUUCUUGAUAAUGCCAGUGUUCACCACAAUGGUGAAAUCCGAGCGAUGUGUAGUGAGUAUGGUGUGUUUGUGGUUCACUUACCACCAUACUCUCCCAAUUACAAUCCAAUUGAGAAGGGCUUUGAUCUCGCAAAAAGUCACCUUCGUCGAUCAGGAGUCCUGCUAGACAACUUAACUCCUGAAGAAGAGAUGGAGGCAAUAUAUAUCACAGCAGAGGAAGUAUUCACACCAGAGAUGAUAAAUGGUCUUUAUGAGGGAUCGGUCUGGCUCUAAAGGUCAGCAUCUUUCUCUACUGUUCCACUGCUCCAAUUUCAAAGUCUUCAGUUCCUGAUUCUUGUCCGCUUCUUCAUACGAGUCUUAUCACCUUAGAAUUGAUUUCACCUUAUAAUACAAACUAUUUACCAUCUAUGCUUUACUUUGAGUUGGAUUCACAUCUGAUUCAUUAAACAAACCAUGUGAAAUAGAGAAAUCUUUGACAAAUAUACUAUUUUGAUGUUGUUUGAUCCAAUAUAUGCUUCAUCUCAAUCAAAACAAGUGUUUUUCUCAUAGACAACAAGUUGA